GGCGCAGUCACGGCCCGCUCUGUGGUCGGCCCUCUGCUGCUGUUCACAGAGGUCUGGUGUCGCUCGGCCCCCAGAGAGAAAACAUCUUCUCUUCUGCGGUGCGGUCUAGACCGGUCCAAACUGAAAUAUUGUUCUAUUUAUUGCGCGGCUGGAUGUUCCCCGCCCUUCCUGUCGUGUCGCGGCCGACAGGAAGUGAGGCAGUCAGAGAUGAGAUGGAUGACUGCAAAGCGUCGCUGCGUGCCGCGGGCCUCGUGGUGUGACGUCACCGUCUUGGCAUCGUGUUUACCGCCAUGUCCUCCAUGGUUCAAGUAUUCAAAUUCAUAGAAUAGUUUGCAUGCGGUGUUGCCCCACUGCCCCACCGCUCAGAACAAGAAGCUUGCGUUGAAACUAACUGGCUAGUGUAAACCAUCAUCCGAAAUACUACGGCGCUUGUAUUGAGAUAUGUUUUCCUUUUCAAGGAUGAAGUGUCAUCUAUAAGCAUGAGACAUAUUCUAUAUUUUGACAACAAAAAGAACCAGAUGGUAUUCAUAGGUCUAUUAUUUAUAGUCUGAUGUGUGCGUAACUUUGUCAAAGUGCACAAAAGUAUUUUCCUCUCAAGGAAGCAUGUUUUCCUGUCACCAUGGUUACAGAGGAAGGCGGUAGGCCCGCUGAUACCAGUUGACUGACUGUUGUAGCUGCUGGGAUGAAGGGUGGGUUUUACACUUCUGUUCCGUGCUCAUAGAGGAACAGAAACUGCGAAUGAUUACUUGGCAGCGCAUGGUUACCAAAAACAAUAUCCAAAGGUUAAGGUCGGACAUGAUUUUUUUUAACUACACACCAUUUUAUAAAGACUGGUGAACAGUCUGCCAGAUGAGGGAACUGAAAGACUUGCUUUGCAUAUCAGCAAUGUCUGGUUGCUAAUCAUCAGUAUUAUCUGUGUUUGUCUAAGCCUUUGCAUCGACUAUCGGCGUCUCUUUCAGUGGUUUAUUGGGGAACCAUACCUAUGGGCUGCACCACCAGGACCAGAACUCGGUGGAGAUGUGCACGUUUGUGUGCAAGGUGCACGACGAUAGCCCCGCCCAGCAAGCAGGACUCAAAGUUGGGGACACCAUCUCCAGCGUCAACGAGGCCGCCGUCGACGGUUUCCGCCACAAGGAGAUCGUCCAGCUCAUCAGGGCCUGCGGCAACUCCAUCAGGCUGGAGACGGUGUACAGCGACUCCAUACGGAAAGCAGAGCUAGAGGCUCGCCUGCAGUACCUGAAGCAAACUCUGCAUGAAAAGUGGGACGAGUUUCGAUCACUGAUGGUGCAGGAGCAACGGCUGGUUCACGGCAUUGUGCUGAGCGACGCGGCCGCCUACGAGUCCCUGGAGUCGGCGGGGAUCUAUGGCAGCCUGGGCGCGCCCAGCCCGGCCGUGCUGCGCGCCGCGCGCUGCACGGGCGGCGGCAGCACCAGCAGCAGCGCCAGCGCCCUCAGCACCGCCACCGCCGGGGAGGAGGACCCCCUCUACCAGACCUGCCUCUACCAGGCGGAGCGCACCGGCACCGGCACCGCUAACGGAACAGGCAACGGCAAGGUGUGCGGCGAGGAGCAGCAGCAGCAGAAGAAGACGGAGGCUCCGACGCCGCAGAGGAAGUUGCGUCUGCGGCCGGCCAGCGAGCUGUUCUCCACGGCCAAGACGCAGCUCACGCGCAGCGCCAGCACGCGCAGCUACGUGCGGGAACCCUCGUCGACCACCUCGUCGACGACCAUUCCUUCGGGCGAGAGGCCGAUGGUCUUGGGGCGAGGCCCGCUGCCACAGAGGAAGCCCAAGCAGAAGAGCUUCCGCCGGCGGCUGCUCAAGUUCAUCCCGGGGCUGAACCUUCCCCUGGAGGAAGAGGAGAGCAAGCUCUGAGCCCCGAGCCCCAGAGCCCCAGAGCCUCGGCCGGAACGGUGUGAACGCGCUCAGAACUGCGUUGCAAAACCCGUCCGACUGGACGCCAAAGACUUGCCAAAGAAUAGCCAUUACAAAACCCUGCCAAAGACUAGAGGCGGAAAGGAAAUGAGACCAAAGUCUUGAUUGUUCAUCUCAAUUGCACCUUAUUUUUCCUACACGUGACUCUGGAGGGUGGGGGCGGGGCUUCGUUCCGGGUGGGGGGGGGGCUUAACACCUGUACAUUUUGACAUUGUACGUUUUUUGGUUGUUUUAAGUUAUUUAUUUAUUUUACUUAAUUGUUUUGAUUGCAUGCACCAAGUUUUAUUUUGUCCUUUCGAAUGAAUGGUGCCUUGUUAAAGUCAGUUUUCGAGACGGAAUUUUGUAUAAAACAUUUUUGGCUGGUUCAGUUUUGUCCUGAUUUAUCACCAAAGUCCAUUUUUUUUAAAUAAAUGUUGCAUUUCGGUAACGACUUGCUUGUUUGUAUCCCUGUA